AUGGCUACUGCCUACAAAGAGCUCAUGGACUACCACGUGCCGGGCCAAAAGAAGGAGAAGCCUGAGAAGGACAAGACACCUAAGAAAUCUAAGAAGGACGAAGGUGAUGAGAUUGGCGAGGCGAUUGGCGGCAUCUUGGGCUCCAUCUUCGGCGGCGACGACGACAAGGGCAAGGGCAAGGCAGCUAAGGGUGGCAAGGGCAAGGACGACGAUGGAGAUGAUGUUGGCGAGGCCAUUGGCAACGUGCUGGGUGCGGUCUUCGGGGGCGACGACCAGGGCGACGAUGGCAAGAAGGGUGGCAAGAAGGGUGGCAAGGACGAUGGCGACGACCUGGGCGAGGCCGUGGGCGGAAUCCUGGGCGAGAUCUUUGGCGGCGACAAGGACGACGAGGCCAAGAAUGGCAAAGCCGGGUCCAAAGCCUCCUCUGCACCAGCUGAAGCUGAGGGAGCUGAGGGAAAGAAGCAAGACAAGGGCGGCUUGGGCCUGUUGGAUGGCAUUGGUAGCAUCUUGGAGCAGCUUGGUGAGGAGGCCCAGAAGGGCAAGAAGGGAGGACAUCAUAAGCACCAGAAGGCUGCUGAGGCCGAGUCCACCGAGGAGACGUCCACUGAGGAAGUGCCAGAGACACCCGCAGCCCCAACUCUGCCAAAGCUGCCAGACCUGGGAAAGGCACUGGAGCAGGUGAAGGCAAAGGCAGGAGCAGCUGCAGAGAAGACAGCAGCAGAUGCGGAGAAGGCUACGAGCAGCGCUACAGCAGAGGUGGAGAAGGCAGAGGACAAGGUCACAGCCGGCAUCGAGGAGGCCAAGGCGAAGGCAGAAGCAGCUGCAAAGCAGGUGACGGACCCCAUUGCUGCGGCGAACGAUCAAGCUGCAGCGGAUGCUAAGGAGGCAGCCGACAAGCUUGCUGAGCAGGCCAAGAAGGCAGCCCAGAAGCUCGCCGCUCAAACCAAGAAGGCGCAGGAGAAGGCGGAAGCGGAUGCCAAGGAGGUUGCUGAGAAGGCGGCCGCGGCUGCUGAGAAGACGGCGGCCGAAGCAAAGAAGGCUGCGGAGGAUUUGGCCGCCCAGACCAAGGAGGCGCAAGAGAAGGCCGCAGCCGCUGCAAAGAAGGCGCCGCAAUGCUUCCGUGAAGGCACAGAAGCAGGCGGAAGCUGA